GGGUUUUAUCCGGAGGUGGACAUUAUCCGGAUAUUCCAUCACCAAUUGGACUCGACUCGUUGCGGCCAUCAUCAUGUCGUUGGCGAAGUGGGAAGUGUGUAUUGGUCUGGAGAUCCAUGCGCAGAUUCUGUCGGCGUCCAAGCUGUUCUCAGGCUCGAGCGCGGCGUCCAAGUCCGCGGCCUUCUUGCCGAACAGCCGCGUGUCUUUCUUUGAUGCGGCCAUGCCUGGAACGUUGCCGUCCUUGAAUCGGUCAUGUGUCGCCCAAGCCGUCCGCACUGCCCAUGCAUUGCAGAGCGACGUGAACCUUCAGAGCGUGUUCGAGCGAAAGCACUACUUUUACUGUGACUUGCCAUUGGGGUACCAGAUCACGCAGCAACGCGCGCCGAUCGCCUCGAACGGCAUCCUCAAAUUCCACGUCAAGGACACUGCGGGCGACACCGUCGCGCGCAACACCAACUUUUCCAGCCGCAAAGAGAAAAACGCGGCCCAGAAACAGCUCGCAGCUGCCGACGCCAACGAGUGGGUCGAGAAGCAGGUGCGCAUCAACCGCAUCCAGAUCGAGCAGGAUUCCGGCAAGAGUUUGCACACGUUGGACGCGACGCACGUCGAUUUGAACCGCGCGGGGACCGGUCUCAUGGAGAUCGUGUUCGAGCCGGACCUGCGCAGCGCCGCGGAAGCAGGCCAAGUGCUUCGGGAAGUCCAGCAUCUGCUUCGUCACAUCGGCACCUGCGACGGCAACAUGGAGGACGGCUCCAUGCGCUGCGACUUGAACGUGAGCGUCCGUCCGAAGGCGGCAGAGGAGCACCCGUUCGGCGAGCGCGUGGAGGUGAAGAACAUGAACAGCAUCCGCCACCUCAUGCGGGCCGUCGAGUUUGAGAUGGAGCGCCAGGUGCGGCACAUCGAAGCCACGGGGCUGCCAAUCGAGAAGGAGACGCGGACGUUUGAUGCCGCGACUGGCAUGACGCGGCGCAUGCGAUCCAAGGAAGGCGCCAAGGACUACCGGUUCUUUCCCGAGCCGGACCUGCCGCCGCUCGUCAUCUCGGCCAGGUUUGUCGACGACGCCAAGGCGAGUCUGCCAGAGCUGCCCGACCAAAUGAAAGCGCGCCUCGGUCGCGACUAUGGCCUCUCGGCCUACGAAAGCGCCAUCCUGGUCCAUACCCCGCACGCUGUCGCGUACUUUGAAGAGGUGGCCACAGGCCGACCGCACCGAUUGGCGUCCAACUGGGUGCUCAACGAACUGUUUUCGUUGCUCAAAGCGACCAACACGGAUAUUCGCGAGAGUCCUGUAUCCCCGUCUCGACUGGGGGAAAUGCUGGAUUUGAUCGUUGAAGAAACGAUUUCUGGCAAAAUUGCCAAGGAGUUGAUCCAGCACAUGUACUACGAAGACACGACGGGGCGGCCUGUGGACAUUGUCGAGCGCAACGGGUGGAAGCUUAUCACGGACGACGAAACGUUACGCGCGUAUUGCCGCAACGUCGUGACCAACCCGAAUAAUGCCAAGAACGUGGCCGCAUUCCAAAGCGGCAAGGCGCAGCUGUUUGGGUACUUUGUCGGGCAAGUGAUGAAGGACUCUCAGGGUCGCGUCCAUCCUGAAAAGGUGAACGCGAUUCUGCGGGCGAUGCUAGAAGCGUAGGCGUUUCUGAUAAACGAAUGAAUGCACAACGAGAUGCUGCAGACGUCUGUCG